CAAUGAACCAAGUCAUUUUAUUCUUCUGUGUAUUUUCUUGGAUUAUGCAAACCACGUCCAGUGAUGCGUCUGUGCGAGGAUCUUCUGAUCUGUUAAGGGUUCAGAUGGGAGAAAGCAUCAGUCUGAACUGCAGCAUGAGAAGCCGAUAUGAAGUCGCCUGGUAUCACCUCAGAUCUGGAGAACUCUAUCUACUGACUGCUGCAGAGAAAGAUGAAUCAGGAAGAAAACUCCUGAUCAACUACAAUCCAAGCAGCCCUCGACUGAAUCUUACAGCAGACACUUGGGUCACCAGAGCCACGCUGGUUAUUUCUGGAGUAACAGAGUCAGAUGUGGGUCUUUAUUUCUGUGGAACAAAGUCUGACGCUCCAGAGAUGUUCUUCGACAAACCCAUCAGACUAGAGAUCCAGGGUCUUAUUGUAGUACAAGAGACAAAAGAAGAAGCUGACAACACAGACGAGGUGACGGUGACACUGACGGAGCGUGUGCUGAUGUUCGGUGGUGUUGGUCUGGCUGUGCUUGUGUUUUUUCUGGCUACAGUCAUCGCAGGAGGAAUCAUUCACUAUCACGUUCAUUUAACAGGACAGAAAGGCAAAGAGCUGAUGUUUGAUGAUCUGCCGCAUGAGGCUGAGAGCGUUGAGCAUUUUACAAAAGCUGGCUGGAAAGAGGCGUGGAGGAGAGAACGGGGCAUCCUAACUGAUCGACUGACUGACAAGAACGGCCGCCUGACCAUUAAAAACUUCACAUCCAGCGAUGAAGGAACUUACACAGCUGAAAUCUCAACAGGAGUAAUCCUCGUCACCGUGACGGUCACAGGUCCUGAGACCAUAUGGGGUGAAGAUCAAGACAACCAAACCGAAGGUGGACUGUAA